AUUUUCCUUUUGUUAAUCAAUCAUCACCUGAUUACCGUCUGGCAGUCCAUGUAUAACAUGAGGGUACAGUAAUGCCGCGUAAAUUCUCUCCGUUCAACUCGGCCGCCGGCAUUAUAGCCACCGCCGAUUAUCUCCCGACCUUCGGAAACUCAUCAAGCCCAAGAAAACCCAUCUUUCUUCUCCGCCUCUACAACCCCACAUGGCUCCUAGUCUCUCUCAGCUUCAUCUUUUGUCUCUCCGGCGUCAUUUUCGCUCUCUACGCCGUGCUCGGACCCAUCCCCACUUUCCGAUGUGGGCGCGUGGAGGACACGUUCCGCCCGUUCUAUUCGCUCUCUCAACGACCAGGUGGAGAGUCCAUGACCAAUGGGGUGCUGACAGAUAGGAUCAAAUUUGUCGGGUUGGUGGGUAUACAAACCGGGUUCGGGUCACGUGAUCGCAGACGGGCUCUGAGAAGUACAUGGUUUCCUUCUCAUCCUGAUGCUCUUCUUAGGUUGGAGCAAGCUACAGGAUUAGCUUUUAGGUUUGUUAUUGGUCGAACUAAAAAUGCAAGAAAAAUGGCAGAGCUUGAGAAAGAGAUCGAGGAGUACAAUGACUUUCUGAUUUUAGAUGUGGAGGAAGAAUACCGAAACCUUAAAUACAAAUCAUUGGCAUAUUUCAAAGCAGCUUUUCAACUGUUCGAAGCAAAUUAUUACGUCAAAGCUGAUGAUGACAUUUAUCUGCGUCCAGAUAGGCUUGCAACUCUUCUAGCUAAGGAAAGAACCCAUGCACUGACUUACAUUGGAUGCAUGAAGAAAGGACCCGUGUUUACCAAUCCAAAAUCAAAGUGGUUUGAGAAAUCAGCGGACGUAAUAGGCAGCGGAUACUUCAUGCAUGCUUAUGGACCUAUUUAUGUUCUUUCCGCAGGGGUCGUGGCAUCACUGGUAAUUGCAAGGAACAAUAGUUUAAGAAUGUUUAACAAUGAGGAUGUUACUAUUGGCUCGUGGAUGCUUGCACUGAAUGUUUGGCAUGAAGAUAACAGAGCAAUUUGUGAUUCACGAUGCACCUCUACCUCCAUUGCAGUCUGGGAUAUACCAAAAUGUUCAGGGUUAUGCAACCCAGAAACCAGGAUGAAGCAACUUCACAAUAUCAGCAUGUGUUCCAAAAGUCCAACGCUGCCACCACAUGGUUGGUAGUGAGUUACUGGUGUGAGUUUGCAUAGCACUAACAACAUUUUUCUAAUGCGGCGUCUAUUCAAGAGAUAUGCUAUCUUUAAAGCCAGCUCCGGUAGAGAUGUCAUGCUCACUUUGGUGAUUUAGAAAAAGGAUUCCUACUUUGUUAUUUCGACUGCCUGUUUUCCCCCCAUCUGGCAGGAUAUUUAUUGCUGUUGUAUAGCUCUAAGUAAUUAUAUUUUGUCCUAGCUAGCCCUUUAACCCUAGUGGCAGUAUAGAGUAUGAAAUUAUACACCUAGAGGGGGGGGUGAAUAGGUGUUAUGGCUAAUAUACCCGAUUUUUAUAA